ACUAGUACUAGCUCCCAUUAUCAGCGUCGUGGAGAGAUCGUCCCAAGCGUAAAAAGACGGUCACAUUAUACCUGCCUACCCAUACUUGUUUUGUGCCCUUGAUAACUUGUUCAGGAUGCUGCGAGGAGACCCCCGCGAAGACACAUCAGCCAACGGCUACGGCAAUGCCAGCAACGCUUUGUCAUCAGCCUGGGGCGGCUACAUUUCCUUGCUCGACUACCAGAACUCGGUGAACACGAACGCUCGGAGCAAGCCGCCUUUGAUCGAUCGCAUUUACGCCAUCGUCGGGGCGUACUCGCAGCUCGGGCUGGGGCUCCGCAUCAACGAGCAGCCGGCAUCUGAGGCAGCGACAGGAACCGCGAGUGCAUCAGCAUCAGCAGGACUAGCAGCUUUUCCAGCACAACAAAGGUGGCAAAGAUCGCAACCUAGUGGUGCACAGCAGCCUGGCAGCUCCACCUACAAGGAAAACUACCAAGACCCUACAUUCGCGGGCUACGGUGGCGCGUCUUCCCGGAAAGGCCGGCUGAACCCGUACCGAAUUCGAUCCUUGUUCUGCAGCGGGAAGGAAAAAUGGGUCCGGCAGAGCGAAUUUCGCGAAUUACUCCUCCUCGCGUCCAGUCUGCCGGGCGUGACGAUCGUUCAGCUGACCACCUCGGUCGCGGCCGUGCACGCGGGGCUUCUGGGUGCGGUCACGGGACUGGCCUUGCUGGUCUUGCCAGUCGCCUUGUUGAACGCGGUGUUGGGUGCGGUUUUGAGCAGCAUUUUGGUGUUUCCGUUGGAAAGAACCGGGCCGCUGUUUGCACCUGGCGCUGGUGUUGGUUUUCACAACAAUCAUGUGGGCGAUCAAUAUCAACACCCAGGAUCAUCAUCUGUGACUAAUCUUCAUCCCAAUAGCACAGUGAGUCGCACUGUAGAAGCUGCGCCUCCUCUUAUGGCCGCGCACAAUGCAACGUCGACUGGUUCUUUCGGCGUGGUCCAUAGUGCAACAUCACCAUCAAUAUUACACACGGACAGUGCAGAAGCGCGCGGGUCUUCCAGUUCAAUAGCUCCACCCAUGCUGCCUGGAACGGUGGUGCAGCAGCUGCACAACUUCACAGCCAGCUCUAUCGCAGGAGCAGGCACAACUUCUGCAUCUUCGACGGACCACGCGACCCACUCCAGUAUAAAUCACGACCGCUUGCGGGAUGUGUAUUUCAGUAUUUUCGUGCACGCCAGCUUCGUUUGCUUCGGCGGCAUCGCUUUGGAGAAGGCCGCGAUUUUGCGAAACACAUUCGCGAAACAACCGGAAAACCGGUUGCCGCUUCUGCUCGGUUUCAUCUUCGUCAUGCUCCUCGGCGAUCUCUCCUGGGCGCCGCCUUUGCGGCUAUUCGUCAUCCCCAUUGCGUUGCUACUGGUGUACAGCGACAGCCUGGAUUCCUUCUUUCAGUUCGUUCCGUGGCGCGGCGGCGGUUCUGGACUGGAUGGUACUAGUGGUGCGGAGAAAUCUUCCUCUUCUUCAAGAUCUGCACAUAAAAAUGCGCGGAACAACAAACGUAGAGCAGGCGAUGGUGAGGAGCAUAACGUCGAUCCUCGUGGAUGUAGUGGUCUAGGAGAUACCACCUACAACCCGAAUUACAAUUCCCAUUGGGACAUAACCCCGGGCGAUUUAUACUACACCUCGACAGACAGCAGAGCAGCUCGACAGGUCGACUCUAAAAAUGGAACCGAAGAUCUUCAUGCUAGGCGGCCAGACAACCACCCACGGUUGGACUUGCGUAUCGAUGAUGACAUGUCCGUUCCACCUCGGGAGGAGAGACAAAGAACUGAAACGCAACCGGCAAGAAACCCAGCAGCGAACAACUCUCCAGAUGGUGCAAUUCAGCAUCAGCACUCCCCGACCUCGCCUACUUCUUCCCCAACUUUUGGAUACGUUUCUCUCUUCGCUGAGCAGCAAGAACAAACGAAUAUGAAUCUACUGCGAGGUCGUGGUAGGAAUAACAUCAACACGUACUACGCCAACGGGCAACAUCAAGAAGAUUUGAAUAUGAUCGUCCAAGAGCCGUCGGACGAGCAGCUGAUUUUAGAUGCCGACCGAGAUCAGCUGGUCCAGUAUGGGGAGCCGUCCGGCUACGUUCUCUUCUCCGUCGCGGGUUUACUGUUCGUGCUAUCCUGGUUUUUCUGGUUCUCCGACUCCCUCGCGUGCUAUGGAUCCCACCUGCGGGCCGGGUUCACGCUGUUCGGGUUCGGCACGUGGAUCGAGGCGGUGCCGCUGCUGGAGUGCGAAAAUCUCGUGCCGAAGCACAUUUUUUUGUUGGGUCUAGUCGUCGCGCGCGUCCUUCCCGCCCCGAGCUCCCGACUCGGCGCGAUGAGCGCCGCGGCGUUUGCACAGAGCUACUUGGACUACAAGGUGCACAAAUUACUGCCCCAGGCCAUUUUCCGCGGGGUUGCCGCGGCCUGCUGUUUCGUCGUGCCGGGCGUUUUGCUGAUGUGGGGUUGCCUGCCCUUCUGGACCCAGACGCGGGAGGUUUUGACCGCUUUGCGGCCGAAAAUCGCGAAACUGCACAGCUGCAUGGCGGGUCUGGUCGCGGGGGCCACGACGCUUUUGAUGUUGCAGGCCAUCAACCGCGCCGACGACUUUCCCGCCAGUUUCAAGGCAGCACUGAUCAUCGUGCUUGCUGGGGUCCGGUUUUGGGUCGAAAACGUCAAGGAAUGGCAGAUCCUGCUCUUCGGCGGCGCUAGUGGGUUGUUGUGGCAUUUUGUCGUGAGCUCCUUCCACCUGUCGGCCGGUGGUACGUCGGCGGCGACGUAUGGUGAAGCUGCAGUGCCGGGGGCUGGAAAUAAUUUUCAUCAUGGAUAUGGAAGAAGCACUUCUACAACUGGUGGCCAUGCUGUGGUUUUUUCAACAAACGAUGUGGUGUCAUCUGGUGCUGCUCUUCUUGUUCAUUCCGGGAUUUCUCUAAGAACAUGAAAACAAAUGUGAUGAUCUCUAAGUGGGACGAAAUCAGCAGGCAGUUGUACCUAGUAGGCCUGUCCGAAAGGGUCGAAACACGACUCUCAGAUAGGAAAUUGCACUUGAU